AUGCCUUGCGCGGUUUGGCCCAGUCCACUGUUCCGCGAGGAAGAGGAGGAGCAGGACUUCAAGACCAAGGCGGUCUUCCACCUCUUAGGCUGGAGCUUCGAGUCCCAAGAGGCCACGGGCAGCCAACCCAACUACAAGCUGGAUGCCAAGGCGGCGGUACCGGUGGCCUCGGAGAAGUUUGUGGCGCUGGACAGGAGCGAGGUGGCAGUAGAGAUCUUCCAGAUCCUUCCGGAGGGCCGGCGCCUGCUGUACGUGGGCUCGGAGUUCCUCACGACGAUGUUCAACGUCACGCCCUUGGAGGACGGCUCCAGCAAAGACUUCAUGGAGGCCUUGAAGAAUUAUACUCAUGGGCUCGACUACAAGCUCCGCUUGCAUCGACCAGGCGUGUCUCCGAAGGCUAAGACUGACGAGAUCAAGAAGAAGGAGGCCAAGGAUAUGGAGGAGGAGGUGCUGGCGGAGGUGAACGUCUCCUUCAGCUCCCAGAGCUUCGAGGACAAGUCCAAGAAGCACCCGGCGGGUGAGCCGGGGGCGCCGCUGCCGUGCUGCUCCCCGGAGCUCCUGGGAGGUGGAGUCAACACCACGCUCUUCACCUCGAACCGAGCCGCCUGGUUCGAUCCCAGCCUGGGCGCGGGCAAGUUCCGCCCGGGCGCCCGGGAGAGGCGCUUCGGAAAAGGCCCAAAGCGGCCUUGGGACAUGGAUGGGGAUUUCGCGCCCGUCAGCUUGGGGCCUGGGGACUUCGCAGCGCUCGGCGGAUUUCGAGGCCCGGACCACGUGGCGAACUUUGUGGAGCUCACGCUGAGCUCCUUGAGCUUUCCCCCAGCGGAGAAGGACGGAGAUAGGGAUCGGUCCAACGCGUUCUAA